AUCAUUCAAUAAUGCGUGGGAAGAAAUAUAAGAUGGUCAAACAUUCCUGGCAGCUUACUAGCGAUCCAUCAUCGUUCUCAUUCUGCAAAUCUAUGUUCGUUUGCCUAGUCGGGGAUCAAUAUCUAUGUUCGUUUGCCUAGUCGGGGAUCAAUAUCUAUAUUCGUUUGCCUAGUCGGGGAUCAAUAUCUAUGUUCGUUUGCCUAGUCGGCAUCAAUCAGCAAUGGCCGCACCACCGGAGAAGACUGUACGCGAUAUCAACGGCAGUUGGCUUUUGAACAAGGCAUUAUCGGGUAGUACAGAGAAAUUAAUGGCGCUCCAAGGUGUUUCUUGGCUCAUGCGCAAGGCAAUCUUACUUGCUGAAAUCACCAUCUGCAUCGACCAACACGGCUCAGGACCGGACACCACAAUAAUUCUCGAGAACAAAGCCAAUUUCGGUAUCAAGGCAACUACUGAAACGAGGAAGCUCGACUGGGUCACUGCAUACCACAAGGAUUCUAUUUGGGGAGAAGUGUAUGGUCGCAGUAAAUUCGUAUCAGCAGCGGAAGUAUCUCAAGACGCUACACUCAUGGGACUAUUUCAGCACUUCGAGAUGGAGGUGCAAGACAUAGUAUACAGCGAGGCAGGUGCUACCAGUGGAACGUGGAAUAGUCAGAUGGUUUGGGCAUUUGAAACUAUCUCUGAAACCCGGUAUUUUGUUCGCAACACUCGCGUCAGUAAAGCUGCCGACGAAGAAUUCGCUCGGAUUGUAUACGAUUAUCUGCAGUAAAGAGAGGUUCGUUGGAUUUGUACAACCC